AACAGGGAAGGAUUUAUAUAUAUAUAUAUAUAUAUAUACACACACACAUACUGUACAUAAAGCAAAGAUGCCACAGUUAAACAGUGGUGGUGGUGAUGAUCUGGGGGCCAAUGAUGAAAUGAUCUCCUUUAAAGAUGAAGGGGAACAGGAAGAAAAGAUCUCAGAAAAUGCUUCUGCAGAAAGGGAUUUAGCAGACGUCAAGUCUUCAUUAGUAAACGAGUCAGAGACCAACCAAAACAGCUCGUCAGACUCAGAGGCAGAAAGGCGACCACCACCGAGACAUUCAGAAAGUUUUCGAGACAAAUCCAGAGAGAGUUUAGAAGAAGCUACAAAGAGGCAAGAUGGAGGGUUGUUCAAGGGCCCACCAUACCCUGGUUAUCCAUUUAUUAUGAUUCCUGACCUGGCCAGUCCUUACCUCCCCAAUGGAUCUUUAUCACCCAGUGCGAGAACGUACCUGCAGAUGAAAUGGCCAUUGAUUGAUGUACAGGCAGGGAGCCUACAGGGUAGGCAAGGACUCAAGGAUGCUAGGUCCCCAUCUCCAGCACAUAUUGUUUCUAACAAAGUACCAGUUGUGCAACACCCUCACCAUGUACAUCCGCUCACACCGCUGAUCACGUACAGCAAUGAACACUUCACACCAGGUAACCCUCCACCACACUUGCCGGCAGACGUGGACCCCAAAACAGGAAUUCCGAGGCCUCCGCACCCUUCAGAUAUCUCGCCCUAUUACCCGCUAUCGCCAGGUACCGUUGGGCAAAUUCCCCACCCACUAGGAUGGUUAGUACCACAGCAAGGUCAACCUGUUUACCCAAUCACAACAGGGGGAUUUCGGCAUCCGUACCCCACAGCACUCACUGUCAAUGCUUCUAUGUCAAGUUUUCUCUCUGGUAGGUUUCCCCCACACAUGGUGCCGCCACAUCACAGUUUACACACAACAGGAAUCCCCCAUCCCGCCAUCGUUACCCCCAGCGUCAAACAAGAGUCUUCCCAGAGUGACAUCGGCUCCCUCAACAACUCAAAACAUCAUCAGGACGCCAAAAAAGAAGAGGAAAAGAAAAAACCGCACAUAAAGAAGCCUCUGAAUGCAUUCAUGUUGUACAUGAAGGAAAUGAGAGCGAAAGUGGUUGCUGAGUGCACACUGAAAGAGAGUGCAGCGAUCAAUCAGAUCCUUGGUCGAAGGUGGCAUGCUUUGUCUAGAGAAGAACAAGCAAAGUACUAUGAGUUGGCCAGGAAGGAAAGGCAGCUUCAUAUGCAAUUGUACCCAGGCUGGUCAGCACGAGAUAACUACGGCAAGAGGAAGAAGAGGAAAAGGGAAAAGCAACAAGGGGAGACCAAUGAUUUGAGCGCUCCUAAGAAAUGUCGAGCGCGUUUUGGCCUUGAUCAACAGAAUAACUGGUGCGGUCCGUGCAGAUGCAAAUACUCCAAAGAAGUGUCGGGCAUUGUUCGGGCUAGACCAACAGAGUUUAUGGUGCAAACCAUGCAGUCUUUGAAGUGGGAAUGUUGUCAUGAUAAAUCUUUCCCUGUUUCUAGGAGAAAAAAAAAGUGCAUUCGCUACAUACAAGGUGAAGGCAGCUGCGCCAGCCCACCCUCUUCAGAUGGAAGCCUAUUAGAUUCUCCUCCCCCUUCUCCUUCCAUGUUAAGCCCUUCUACAGCAGACUCUGAUCCGCAGACUGAACAAAUGCAACCUCUGUCACUCACAAUGAAGCCCGAUCCUCUGGCCCACUUUGCGUCGCCUUCCUCUUCCUCGGCCCUGUCGACAAACUUGGCGCUCAAGUCCAGUGCAGCGUCCGCGGUUAGUUGCCAGAACGGGGCGUUAGACCACCAGUCCGUCACCUCCUCGCACCAGUCCACGUCCUCGUCGCAGACGCUACCUUCAACCUCAUCCUUGCAGUCUGUCGUCCAUUCCCGAGGUGCUUUGCAAGAGACGCAAUCCCAGCCACUUUCACUCGUCACCAAGUCGUUAGGAUAGCCUUUAGCUUUAGUUGCUGGUGUUUUUCCUUUGUUUUAUUUUCUUUGUGCCAUAUGGCUACAUGUUAGUAGAUGUUAUGGAGUGCAUUGGUCAAUAUUUGACCCAUCGUUAUUUCAAGGUCCUCUUUGAAUAUGUAGGACAAGCCUUGAGAGAUCCCUACCAACCUCUUGUCAACUGUUGCAAAAAAAAAAAGCCUUGUUGUGUUCAUCACUGUCAUGUGGUUCUUACUAGGUGGAUUCUUUAUGAGUAAGAGACUGAUAUCAGAUUCAAAGAAGCCCUUGUGGAGGGAGUUGGCUACGCUGUAUUAUUUGUAUUAAAUAAGAGCUUGCGAACCAA